AUGACGCUGUGCUCUGUUUUUAAUUGUAAUGAAAGAAGUGAAAAGCAAUCGUCAUCUGGAGUUCAUUUUCAUGUGUUUCCAUGUCGUUCAAAAUCACCUACUAGGUUUCGAAGUUGGGUCAAUUAUUGUAAACGAAAAAACUUUAACCCCGGUAAUGGCGCCAGAAUUUGUUCAAAGCAUUUUAAGUCUGAAGACUAUAACCAGUCAGAUUUAUUACGACAACAAUUAAUGCCCAAUAUAAAAGUCAAAGUAAAACUUAACACAAAUGCUGUUCCUACGGUUCCUCAAAAUAAACCUUGCUCUACUUCAAAUUCUUCAAAUUUAUCCGAACGAGAAAAAAGAAAAAGAAAAAAAGAAAAAAAAGAAAUUAUAUCUUCUAUAAUGACAAGUACACCAAAAAAGUUAAAGCCCUCAUUUAGGUCUUUUGAAAAUAGUGAAUGUAAAUCGAGUGAUGUUGAUGAUGACGAUGAUGUAGAAGGCGGUAAUUUAGUGGCGAUUACAAAUGAAUCAUUUGUGGCUGGUAAACAAAACGAGAUUAGUAUACAAUGUGAAUUAGGUAGUGAAGUAUUAAAAAGUCACCAUGAUUUAUCAUUAAAUUUAUCACUUGAUGAGUUUUCAACUUCGGAGGAUGAAAGUUUUGAAGUUUAUGAUGAGGACAUCGAAGUACUUCAAACUGGAAAAAAUGCCAUAAGGAAAUCUAAAGAAAUAGAAAACGAUUCGUGUUACAUUGUUUUCUGGGAGUCUCUAUCAAUUUUAUUUACACGUUGUCAUUACUGUAAUGCUAAAGUGGAAAAUAUUCAUAAUUAUACCAAGGGAGCAAUGUUGGCCGUACAAACUAUAUGUGAAAAUAGACAUAUUUUCAAAUGGACGUCUCAGCCAUUAUCUGAUAAACGACUUGUAGGAAACAUUUUAAUGGGAGCUGCUUUAACGUUAUCCGGUGUAUUAUUUAAUCAAAUGAAAACAUUUUGUUCGUCUUUAAAACUUGCAUUUUUUUCAAGAACAGUUUAUGAUAAAAUCAUUAACAACUAUACAGCUCCUGCAGUAAAACUAAUUUGGGAUCAACACAGACAAAAUAAUAUAAACGAACUAAAAAUGGGUACAAAUAUUUGGUUAGCUGGUGAUGGUCAAUUUCACUCCCCCGGUUUUUGCGCCAAAUACUGCACGUACUCAGUCAUGGAUGUCCGAAGCUCCAAAAUAAUAGAUUUUAAAAUUACUCAAAAAGGAAUGGUUCAGGGUGAUUUAGAAAAAAUAGCAUGCGAAUUACUACUUCAAGAACUUGAAAAAAACGACGAAUGUAACAUCAAUGUAUUUUUGACAGAUCGACAUAAGGGAAUUCGUUGUUAUAUUCGAACACAUCAUCCGAAUAUCGAACAUGAGUUCGAUGUUUGGCACUUAUCAAAAAGUUUGACAAAACGACUAAAAACUCUAGAAAAAAAUCAUCAUAGUGCUUUUAUGUGGAAAACAAGUAUAAUAAACCACUUAUGGUGGUCUGCUCAAACGUGCGAUGGUAAUGGAACUGUAUUAGUUGAAAAAUUUACAUCAGUUCUGUAUCACAUUUCAAAUAUUCAUCAGUGGAAUGAUAAUGAACAGAUAAAAAAAUGUGAGCAUGAUCCACUUACCGAUGAAGAAAUAAAAAAUAAACUCUGGAUUCAGUAG